CUGGGAUAUUGAAGAAAUAUAGAUUUAAUCCCAAAAUGGAGCUUUGGUGAUGACUAAAAAGUUAAAUCCACCUAAUUCUUGUACAGUGCCAUACGAAGGCACGAUAUCUUGACUUUCUUCAUUUUUAAAUGAGCUCUUUCGAGAGUUUUAUUGGGGUAUUCGACACUCGCUUAUCCUCCCCCGUCCUUAUUGCACAAAGGUACAGUGGAAGCCAACACCCUGGGCGUCCACAGGGUAAUAACUAGAAUAGGAGGAGCUCUUUCGAACCGGAAUACUAAGAACAAAAAGAAAAUUUUAGCUCCGGCCAGUAUGGUCGAUAUUCGCACGGACUGUAUCUUAAGGUUUCGAACCAGCCGAUGUUGCUGUCAACAAAUAUGGACAACGAUUACAUUUCUCAAUGUUUAUUCAUCAAAUUUCUCGUAGUCACAAAGUGUGUUCAUUUAUUUAGGCUUGAUAGUACGCUGGAAACCAUACAUGUAUAAUAAAAUAAAGUCACUGAUUUGAAAGAACGAGCAUACCACGUAUUGUUUCAAAUAAAAAAACAUAAAAUAACAUUAAAUACAGCAUUUGAGAGAAAAGGUAAAAUUGUCAUGUUUUGGGCGUAGCUCGUUGUACAGAGAAGAAAAACCUUUAUAUAUAAUAUGGGAGUAGCCAACAUUAAAAUAGAUUUUUAUUACAUGACAUUUCUCUACUGAAAAUGAUCUUGUUAAUCAUACGGCAGCUGUAAAUAAUAAAAUUUACUAUAUAACUAAAACCUAGUAGGAGAAUUUUCUUGUUCAUUAUUUUUUACAUUUAAGAAAUGAAUACAAGAUUACUAAAUAGAAUUGCAACUGGAUCAUUAACUCUUAAUCGUUUCAAACAUAUUAGAAUGAUACAAGAAGAAGUAAUGAUACAACAUAAAAUGGUGGUACAACAACAAGAAGCAAAAGUCUCAGACGUCCAACAAAGACCCCAUGAGCAUUCAGUAACAGAUUAUUCUGAAGAAUGUAUUAAAAGUGAACAACUACCUGAUCAAGCAAUAGAAGAUUUACAGCAACAAACAAUUGAAUAUUUGAAGAAUCAUGGUUCUCAAACAGAUGUAAAUAAAUAA